AUGAGGCUCUCAGGGCACCAGUUCCAAGUUCUGCUCUGGAAGAACUGGCUUUGCCGUCUGCGGCACCCGGUCCUUUCCUUGGCUGAGUUUCUCUGGCCGUGCAUCCUGUUCAUGAUUCUUAUAGUGCUUCGGUUUCAAGAACCUCCCCGUCAUAGAGACACAUGUUUCUUGCAAGCAAGGGACCUGCCAAACCAAGGUAUUUUCCCCUUUGUCCAAAGUCUUCUUUGUAACACCGGAUCACAGUGCAGGAACGUAAGCUAUGAUCAGCCUCCCGAGCAUCAUUUUCGUACUAAAACUUGCCUGUGUUGGCUAGGGUCUUACUAUACUCUGAAGAAAAAAGAGAAAGAGUGGGUGGUAAUUCAUGUAAGAAGUCAAAGAGAAUGGGAAAUUAACGUGAAAGACAUUCAUGCAAGAAUGUUAAGAGAAGGGAUGUUAAAUGCUCUGAAAAUUUCUCUCAAGAGGAGUUAA